GGGAAGACGAGGCCCGGAAGCCCCGAGGCCGGUAGGGGCCAGAAGAGGGUUACCGGGAGCCCCCAGGCCUCUACCAGCCGUCGCCCGCAGCCUAGAGCUAACUCCUCUGCCCCGGAAAGGCGGGGCCUCCGCCUUUCCCGCGUACGGGUCUCGCCGCCCCGCUCAGCCUCCUCGUAGGCCUUGCGCCAUUGCUACUACUAUCGGCCGAACGGGGGCGCGGAGCUGGCCCCGGGGCGGGAUGCGGCCUCCCCUGGGUCGGUGGUGGCUGCUAAUCUGGCUGCAGCCCUUGUCCGCGCCGCCCGCUGGCGCGGUGCGCGGAGAGGAGGAGGCGGCGGCGGCGUUGGCAGUUCCAAGGUGUAAAGCUCUGAAGGAAAUGGAUUUAAUUAAAACUUCUGAGUCAGACUGUUACUGCUACAAUCGAAAUUCCCGAAUGGAGUGGAAAUACAUGUGGUCAACUCUGCAGGUGAAAAUUACCAGUUCAGGCCUGCUCAAUAUUGCAUAUAUCACAGGAAGACAUAAUUGUCAGUAUCCAGAAACCAUUCUAUCUUUUAUCAAAUGUGUGAUUCAUAAUUUUUGGACACCAAAGGAGUCUAAUGAAGUUACCAUAAUCAUCAAUCCAUAUGGAGAGACCAUGUGCUUCUCUGUGAAGCCUGUCAGGAAGAUAUUUAUCUAUACAAUCAGUGUGAAUCGAAACAUUGUGGAUUUCAAACUCUUCCUUGUGUUUGUAGCAGGUAUUUUCCUCUUCUUUUAUGCAAAGACCUUGAGUAGAAGUCCUAUCUUCUUUUACUCUUCUGGGACUGUGCUAGGUGUUCUAAUGACGUUAGUCUUUGUCCUGCUUCUGGUGAAAAGGUUUAUUCCUAAGUAUAGCACCUUUUGGGCUCUAAUGGUCGGUUGUUGGUUUGCUUCAGUUUAUGUUGUAUGCCAUUUGAUGGAAGAUCUGAAGUGGCUAUGGCAUGAAAACAGAAUAUAUAUAUUAGGCUAUGUUUUGGUAGCUGGAUUGCUCAGCUUUGCUGUUUGUUAUAAGCAUGGGCCCCUGGUUGAUGAAAGGAGCAUGACUCUUUUGACGUGGACACUGCGGCUCCUCGCCCUGGUUCUGAUCUAUUGUGGAGUCACCGUGCCCCAGGGCUCCUAUGCAGCUCUGAUCCUCAUCCUGGCUUCCAGGAGUCUACGCUACCCACUGAAGGCGUUCACUUAUAUGAGGUGGAAAAUGAAGAAAUGGUGGACAUCCAAGAAGCCAGUGUUUAAGUAUCUUACUGAAGAUGAAUACCGGGAACAGGCUGAUGCUGAGACAAGCAGUGCCCUGGAGGAGCUGCGUGGAGCCUGCCGCAGGCCCGACUUCCCCACGUGGCUGGUAGUCUCCAGACUCCAGGCUCCUAACAAAUUUGCAGACUUUGUUCUUGGAGGAAGCCACUUGUCGCCUGAAGAAAUUAGUCUGCAUGAAGAGCAAUAUGGUUUUGGGGGUGCCUUCUUGGAAGAACAGCUUUUUAACCUGAGGACUGCCUGAUGACCACUGACUUCAUUUGGACAAGAAAUGGGUUAAGGGCAAGGAUCCUAUUAACAUUGGGCAGAACGGUUCUAGGGAACAGUGGCAAAAGCAUUUGCUAUGGAGAAGAGUCAUACUGGAAAGGAAAACUAAACACUAUUGAAGAUAACUUCUCGUUCUUGGUGAGUUCUGCUACUUAUUGUAGUCAUCAAGAUUUUGUGAGAGUCAUUGCCACUUCCCUUGAAUGAAGACUUUCAUUAGGAGCAAGAGAAUCAUGUUGAUCUUCAAAGAGCAAGUUAACAUGAACAUCUGCCUUGUCAACACCAGGCAUUAAAUCUUAACCUCAGAACCUGUGUCUGAAGACUGCAUAUAAGUGUUGGAAGAGACCUGAGAUAUGCUGGACCAGUGUUUUCCAAAGUAUAAUCCACAGGGUGCUAAUAAGUGCUAGUCAGUAAAGGGUUUGUGAGGUCAACUAAGAUAGAAACAAAGUUAAACAAAUGUACCGCAGGACUUCUCAGAGCCUUUAAUACUGACGAUGGACAUUGUCAAUCUCCUGGAUAGAAACUGUGUGCUGCCAUUUCUGACUCAAUUUGACCACAGAACCCUUUUCCGUGAGAUUGAUAUUCCUUGGAGCAGUUUGGAAAAUGCUAAUGAUGGCAGAAUUGAGAUUUGGGGAGGUUCAAUAACUUGUCCAAAACUACAAAGCUAUUUAGAGGCAGCACUGGGACUAGACAUCAGCCCUAAUGUUACCUACAACUCAGGGUUAAGAAGAGACCUUCAGAGGUGAGCCUAGGGGCCAUCUCCCCACAGCCUUGGAUCUCACAGUAUUGGUGACUUUUUUAUUUUUUAAUAAUGGACAACUAUCUAUUUGGUAACUAUGAUAGAGAAACAUUUCCUAAGAUUAUAUUUUAAAGUUUGAUAAGAUUUUUAUAGACAUAUAAAUUUUAGAAAGAAUUAUUUUCUAUAAUUUUUUGUAUAUUGCAAUUGAAGACACUUAACCUCUUGUGACAUUUUGAGUUGACUGGUCCAUUUUUAAAAUUUAGUUAUAUAUAUUUGUAACAGUUUCCUACACAACAGACUUGUGAUCUUUCUUCAGAGAACAAAUAUUUUUUUCUUGAUUCUCCGGAGUGAAAUGACCCUGAGCUUUGACCCUGGGGAAAGAAGGCCAAAACUAAGAGCUGAGAAAAGAUCUGAACAUGGCAAAACAAUCUAAGGGUUAAGAUGUGCUAAAUUGAUUCACUUAAAGAAGGUUUUGCUGUGUUGAGUUCUUAAAGAGGCAUACAGAAUGAGGAAUCUCUUUUUACUAGGAGGGAUGUGGAUACGGAGGAAGGACAUUACAGAAAAUUUAGGAGCUGCUUUCCUGAGCCAAGAUCAGUAGAGUGUUUCUAAUUGUUAAAACGAGAGCAUGGCUACCCAUUUGGAACUUUCUAGGUUGAUUUUCAAAUAAUAUUUUCUCUUUGAAGCAGUGUGUCAGUAUUUUACAAGUUCCUCUUUUUACAAGACACCUUUCAGUAUUAAGAGCUCUGCAGUCUUUGUGAAAUGCACUAAAUUCAAUCUGUGCUUUCACAUAGAUUGAUUUCAAAUAUCAAAGAAUCUUCCAUUCAAAUUUAUGAUGAUUAUGAUGAUGACUGUUUUGUAAGUGUAAACAGGUCUGACACUUUUGUUACAGUUUUAUCUGAAUUUUUUAUAAUUAAAUUUAUUGCCGGUAUAUUAUGAAUGUGUCAGAUGCAUCAGUGCUGUGCUCACCAUGUUCACCUCCCAGGAGGCAGUUUUUGGCAGAAUGUGUGUCUGAAUGAUGUGUGCACAGUCAGCUGCAGUCUGGGCCUUACCUAUGCCAUGUUGAAGAGGGGCUGGCUGCAGAAGGAGGCCCUAGUGGGUCAAGCUGGGUGGGACCAUCACAAUAAAAACAGCUAAAGAGAGGAAGAGUACAAGAGUCUUCUGGGAUGCUGUUUUUCAGGUUUAUUUUAGAGGAAAUCAUGGAUUUGUCAGUUUCUGUUAUGUGAGUACUGUGAAAAGCAAAACAGUUACAAGCAUUAGUUGUGAUACAUUUGGUGUAUUUCUGUUGUGUUCAUUUGAUUUGGGGUUUAUUAUAGUGCUGAUCACAGUUCUAAUCCCUGUGAAGCAAUACACCGAUGACUCCCAUAGGAGAGCUUUUUUCUCUUCUUUCCUUUCUCCCUUCCCUCCUCUCUCUUCUCUGUCUUCCCCCUCCCACCUCCCUCUCCCUCCUUUAUUUAAAGUCCUUUAAACUGUUUAAAUGACCAUUCAGUAAAAUGGCUCUGCCCUUCACGGUUAAAAGUUGGCUUCGUGCUUCAUAUCGCCAUAGGUGUGCAAUUAUGGAACAGAACAGACGCUUUGUAUUAGUGCUUAUGCAAGGUGCCUCAUAAAAGCUUACUGUUGUUAGCAAGUUGGGGCUAUUUGACACCAAAAUGUGUGGGUGAGAUUUAGCGUAGGGGGCCAUGCUUAAACAAUUAUAUCAUUCAAAUGUUAUUUUUAAAAUGUUGUAAAACACAUUUUACAUAUCACAAAAAUUGCUUUGUGAAUUGGUUGUACACUUUGCCAAUAAUACUAAGGGCUGAAUCAGAGGGGAAUGUCCAUCUGAUAUUUAGGACAGUAUUUCAAUUUAUGAUCUUUUUUAAAAAAAUCUAGAAAUUUAAGAGAUUUCAGUUUUUAAGAGGCUUGGAAUAGAUGAUGGAUUAUAUCAAUAUAUCGAAACAAGUUCAUAAAUUAAGACCCCUGCAGUUGUGUUAAGAAAAGAAAAAGGAUUAUUGUGUAUGAGGUUAUUUCCUAGAGAAGUACAGUCUUUUAAAUCAGCCUUUUUUGUCCAGCUGUUGCAUAAAUAACAUAAUGGGUGUAGAAUUUCGAAGAUGCCUGCAUUAAGAUAGAGAGGUGUUUGUAGGUGACCCCACUGCUGCCUUCUGAGACCCCCACCAGGAGGUAUGACACUGAUGAGUUUACCACAUGAGUUAGCCAAUUCAUAUAGUGUAUUUAGUGACUCACAGCCAAAAAUAAAACUAGCAUAAGAAUAAAAACACUUGAAUUCAUAAGACCAGCAGAUUCUCUCCCAGAAGGCAGAUCUAUGAGGGGUCAAAUAGUAGGAAUAAGGUUGCUUGAGCAGAAAGAGAACAAAGGGAGUUUGUUACAUAAUUCAAGUGUUUGAUGUCACCAGGCCAAAAAGUCUAAUUUAAUCCCUCAGUGGGACUAUCCUAACGUGAUGAGGUACUAAAUCUUUUGGCACAGGCCUCCUUUAUGCAGACCCUGCCAGCUUUUCCUCUCUGUGGCUGUUGUCACUGACCAGCAUCUCCACCCCCUUAUACUGGGCAUGUUCUUCAUUCAGAUACGUUCUUAAAAUCUUCAGUCUUUCUCUGGCUUAGGAAUCUAGUUACCAUUUUACGGUAACUGCAUAUUUUUGCUAUGGUGUCUGAAUGUGAUGCCUUCACAGGUCACAGGAGAUUUGGGCUGAGUGUAUAUUUAGUAGGAUACAUCUUGGAAGACACAUUCAAUGGGAUAGCUGCUCUUUGUUUACUGUUUCAAUUUUUUUUAAAUAUUUUUAAUGUUUAUUUAUUUUUGAGAGCAAGAGAGACAGAGCGCAAGCAGGGGAGGGGCAGAAAAAGAGGGAGACACAGAAUCUGAAACAGGCUCCAGACUCUGAGCUGUCAGCACAGAGCCCGAUGCGGGGCUCAAACUCCGGAACAGCGAGAUCAGGACCUGAGCCAAAGUCACUCAACCUACUGAGCCACAGAGACACCCCUUGUUUAAAUUUUUUUUAUUUUGAGAGAGAGUGCGAGCACACACACAUGUGAGCACAAGCGGGGGAGGGACAGAGGGAGAGAAUCUUAAGCCGGCUUCAUACCCAGCAAGGAGCCCCACAGGGGCCCCCCACACAACUGUGAGAUCAUGACCUGAGCCGAAAUCAAGAGCCGGGUGCUUAACCAACUGAGCCACCCACUAUUUUAACCACUAUUAUUUAAAUAAUUUGGGAGAAUCUAUUUUUUACAUUUGGUCCAUUUUCCAGAAAGGAAUAAUCAAAAGGAGAAAGGGGAGGAGAACCAGCAUUUAUUGGUGAUCUGUCAAGUACUAUACUGGGCACUUUCUAUGCCUCUUCAUUUUGACUUACAAUCACUGUAAUAUACUUUAGCAUUAUUUCCAUUUUUCAACUGAGGACAGACUCGGAGAAGGUUGCUAAAGGACAUAGGUAGCUAAAGUGGUAUAAUCAGAAUGUAAAGUUCAGUGUGUCAGGGCCCGUGCCCUUGCUAUUUCCUUUCCUGCCAUCUUUAAAAAAACAAAGUCAAGUGGCUGAUCAGUUGAAGAGAUGACUACAUCUCCUGAAUUUAUGUGUGUGCCAACUCUGGGGCAAUGGACCAAUUCCCCCGCCUCCAAACUACUGCAAAUCUGUACUUUUGUACACUAAAAGUAAAUUAGAAUUGAGUAGCACUGGUCUACACGUUAUUUUUUUGAGACCCUUCCCCCCUACCCCCAUUGAGAUUUUCAGGGAACAAAAAGUUCCUGACCUUUUUAAAAUACAAGUUUACAGGUGAAGAGAAUAAUAUCAGCUGACAAUUUGGAAAGAGGGUAUGUAACUUGUUAAAUGAUUAUAAAACUCUUGCUUACAUCUUUUUGACACCUUUUAGACAAAAAAGAAAUAUUGAAACUGUGGAACAGAUAUCCUAUAACCUCUCCUGUCUAUGGCUUUUGCACACGAUAGAUUUGGCCCUUGUUACUUGUCAUUCUUUCCCAGCUCCUCAACUUAUAUUUUGCUUAAUUUUGUCCCUUAAUGAACUCAUAUCUGCAACCAACUUAAUGAUUAUAAUUCACGUUGGAACCAAAUGCUUGACUAUACAACUUACUAGGUGUCGGCAAACAUCGUAACAUAGCACUGUAGUCUGGGGGAAUGCGAUCUUAUUAUAGAUGUCAGUGUUAACAAACUAUGAAGAGAACGGGGUGCUGGUUGGGGAGAUGAGACUGCACUCCUCUUGCCAUGGGCUCUUGGCCACACAACGAUGGCAGUAUCUAUAGUGCACACUGUGUCAGGUACCUCUGUGUUUCAACAUCAAAACAACCUGAAGGCAGAUACUACAAUCACCGUCAUUUUACAGUGCCUCUGAGGCACAGAGAGGUUGUGAAUAUAUGUAAAUUUCCUCUGGCAGAGCUGAGACUCAAGUCCAGACAGUGGCACUCCAGAACCCGCAAUUUACCCCCAGCGCUGUCAGGUUCCUGGGUUGCCAUCUAAAAUCUUCCUGGAGCCACAGUGGUGCAGAUGGUCUUGCGUUAGCCACUUGAAGCAGA